UUACAGAAAAGUUGCAAGUUGAUUGGCUAUUCGCAUGGCUUUAACCAAUCGACUUUCAACUUUUCUGUUAGAGCAGAAUAUUCGUAUACGUCGGGCCCCAGGAGCGAUUAACCAGAAGAAGAGGUACAUAGAAAUCGGUGCGUUGAGCCGUCUAGCGUCGAUCCGUAGUCCAUGGACGAGAGAGACUGCCGCUGCACCACCUAGCGUCGUGCGCACGAGACACGACGACACGUUUCGGGGCCGCUCGCCAGAGUCGCCAGACGCCCUCGCUACGUCGAUUAGUGCACACUGCCGCUUUGCGCAUAGCACCGUGAGAGUGCGUAGCGUUCAGUGGUGGAAAAAAAAAUGGUGGUUAUUUGGGUGUAGUCGGGGCGAAUUUUCUGCAACACAAAUAUCCUUUCAGUUCCUCGGGCACUAGAAAUUUGCCAGCCAGCUCGGCAGUUUGUAUGACGAGAUAUAUAGCCUAAGUCCAAAAUGUUACAGAUACGGAUAUUUUAAAUCUUAUAACAAAGACUGCUCGUUAAGAGAUAUAUAUAUAGUCACAGUUGGGAAGAAGGUUUUAAUUUGGUUACCUUAAGGAGGCGAUGAUAAUACGAGUUUUAUUAAUUUUACAUCGGAGCGAAGCCGAGUGUAGAAGCGCAAGGGAAUAGGGAAAGUAAUUUUGUGAAAUAGGAUCUUAAGUAAAGUUGGUUAUGUGCAAUGCCGAGAUGCUACAAUGACAGCAAGACAGUGAGUUCUGUGAGCAGCAACUAUAACCACAGUACAGACGAUAUUAUAUUAACGCAAUCGCAUGCUUUCUCGAUUGGAAGUCAAUUGAACGUAGACGAAGAUCCCCCGGCCGUUGAAAAAUCACACAGACGCCUUCGGUGUGACCUAAGUCCUGUCCCAACAAGUACAAACUCCAAUUUAAACAUAAAGCUUCUUGGUUUAAAGGGUGACAAGGGUACUCGUCAGGAUCAUCAGGUGAGCACUGGAUCUGGGGGGCACAGAGAAAAAAAUAGGGAGACUAAAAAGAGAGCAGCUAUAGGCAAUACAGUGCGUGGAUUCUUCUCAUCUGGCCACAGCAGGCAGGACAGGUAUGAGACAAACAGGCAACGUUCUUCAGGUGGAACUGGCGGUGGCUUGUCUAGUUUAUGUCCCAAGCUGGUGGCCAGUGGAGGCACUGGCAGCCAAAGUGGCAUUAGUUUGGCAGUGGGCCACUUAGCCUCUCAGGAAAGCGGAGGCCCUUGCGCAGUUGUAACGACCCAAAGGAUCCACGCACACAAUCACAAACGCCAAAGAAAGUUAUCUAUCGUCGCGCAGGCAGGUCCUAGUGCCAACACUACUGGUGAUAGGAAGGUAUUAUCCAAUGUAAAUCGCUCGGCUAGUAUUUCCAAAAAGCAAAUUCGAACGCAGCGACACGAUCAGAGCACUGAUUCUAUAUCUAUAACUAGCAACGGUCUCGCGACCAGUUCACCAUCUUCUAAAAAGAAAGUACUAUCUGCCUUGCGUAUUUCUGAUCGGUCAUCAACCCAAAGUGUGAAUUCAUCAUCCUUAGAUCAUGAAAAUGAUCGUAGUUUCAGUGAUGCUGAAGAAGCAAUCGCAGCAACGGAGAAUGUGUUUGCAACACCAGGGUCUAGUUCUAUACCUUCCACGCCAAUUAAUAAAGUAAAAUCGGCAAAACUCUGCAAGGAUGAGGAAGCAAAUGUGGCACGUGAUAUUCUCGCAGAAUGUACCGAUUCAUCAAGGAACGCUGCAAAUGCGCAACACGUGAUUUUAAACGAGUUCGAACAAAGGAAUGUUAUGCCAAUAAAACCAUCUGCUGUACACGUAUUACAUGCGGUUAAUCGGGAAAUUAUUAUAAAUGAUAAGCAAAAAUCGUUGUCGAGCUCUACCCACGGUGCCAGAUCUAUUAGUAAUAGUGACCAAAAAGUUUUGAAACGUCAAAAUACAAAUUCUGCAGAGAAAAUGAUUGAGCAUCAUAGUAGCAAAGACGUUGAAACAGCUAACGUAGAAAAGGAUCUAAGUGAUAGUACGACAUCGACGGAGGUAGAAAUCAAUUCCACAAACGACAAUAGCGAAGGCAAACAAGGAAAAAGUAGAAAAUCUCUAGGGUACACAGAUGGUGGUGAUGGUAGUACAGAUAAAGAGACCACGGGACCUUCGAGUAUCACAAGUAGCGAUAAGAGAGAGAAGAUAUCGAGGGUCAAAAGUAACGCAAGUUUAAACGAAGAGGUAGUCAAGAGUUCGAGGUUUGUAACAUCUAAGGUACCGGAAGAGAUAACGGAUGCGGACUCCAAAACGAUGGAUGUAGAGAAAGAGGAGGAGGAGGAACGAGUGACGAUAUACGAUGACGAUGGCACCAGUAUCAGCGACAUAGUAGCAGCACAGGCGCUUCACGAAUCGUUAAGUAAACUGGGCAAAGUUCCGCCGUUAGACACCGAAAUGGAAAAGGUGCAGAAUAUAAGUUUACGAGACGAGACAGAAGGGGGAGAACACUCUGAAAAGGAUAUAGUUGCACAGGAGGAAACGGUGGAAGGUUUCAUCGGUCCACUGCUUGACGAAAACUUUAAGGCAGAUGAGAAAUUGUCGCAGAAAACAAUGGCAAUGGAGGAGGUGCAAAAUUUAUUAAUGAAAGUUAAGGUGCAGACUGUCGAAGAUGACGACGACGAGGAGAAAGCCGUAGGUAUUUCGCCGGAUGGGAGAUUUCUCAAAUUUGAAGAGGAAAUUGGUCGUGGCAGUUUCAAGACUGUUUAUCGCGGGUUAGAUACUCAAACGGGCGUAGCUGUAGCUUGGUGCGAAUUGCAGGAGAAAAAAUUGAAUAAAACUGAGAGAUUGAGAUUCAGGGAAGAAGCUGAAAUGUUGAAGGGAUUGCAACAUCCAAAUAUUGUAAGGUUUUAUGAUUAUUGGGAAGUUACACUUACCCGUAGAAAAUAUAUUGUACUAGUCACUGAACUUAUGACAUCGGGAACAUUGAAAACGUAUUUGAGGAGGUUUAAGAAGAUUAAUCCCAAAGUAGUAAAAUCUUGGUGUCGGCAAAUCUUGAAAGGGUUGAGCUUCCUUCACUCCAGGUCACCGCCCAUUAUUCAUCGUGAUUUGAAAUGUGAUAAUAUCUUUAUCACUGGCACUACGGGAAGCGUGAAAAUCGGCGAUUUAGGUCUCGCAACAUUGAAGAAUCGUAGUUUCGCAAAGAGCGUUAUCGGUACACCGGAAUUUAUGGCGCCUGAAAUGUACGAGGAGCAUUAUGACGAGUCAGUUGACGUUUAUGCCUUCGGAAUGUGCAUGCUCGAGAUGGCUACUAGCGAGUAUCCAUAUUCCGAAUGUACGGGGCCAGCACAAAUAUACAAACGCGUAGUAUCGGGUGUUAAACCACAGAGCUACGAUAAAGUUGAAAAUCCAGAAGUGCGUGAUAUCAUAGAAAUGUGUAUACGCUUGAAGAAGGAAGAGCGACCGCUAGUUAAGGAUUUACUUAACCACGAAUUCUUCGCCGAUGAUGUCGGGUUGAAGUUGGAGAUGGUAUCGCGGGAUUCGGCGGUUGCAGAUAUCGAGUUGUCGCGCGUUGAGUUUAGACUGCGUGUGCUAGAUCCCAAGAAGCGCAGCAACAAACACAAGGAGAACGAGGCGAUACAAUUCGAUUUUGACAUAUUGGCUGAUAACGCGGAAGAGGUAGCGUUAGAAAUGGCGAAAUCUAGCCUCAUAUUAGAGGAAGACGCAAAAGCAGUGGCUAAGAUGUUGAAAUCGCAAAUUACCACUCUGUUGCGAGAACGAGAGGAGCGCAAAGCCAAAGAGGAGAAGGAACGCUUGGACAGGGAAACCGCCGCUACAGCCACGGAAGCCACGGCUAAUGCUGCAAACGCUGAGAACUUGCUGCAGCAACAACUGCUUCUUCAACAGAUGCAAUUGCAGCAGCAACAGCAACAACAGCAACAACAAAUUCAAUCUAAUAUCGGCAUACAGAUACAAAAUCCAGUCCCGAUGCAAUUGCAACAAACUCAAAUGCCAAUUCAACAACAGCAACUACAACCGACCGCUCAACAAGCUCAACAGCAUAACUUGCAAGCGCAGCAGGUUCAGUUGGUCCAGCAACAGCCGAUAAUUCAACAGCAAACGUCAGUCGUGCAGCCCCAACAAGCACAACAAAUACAAUAUCAGCAGCAAAUACAGCAGCAGUAUCAGCAGCAGCAACCGCAACAGUAUCCUCAGCAUGUUCCGCAGAGCAUGAACGCGAAUUCUCCGCAGUGUUCGACUCCGCAAAACGUUCAGGCUCAACCUCAAUUUCCUCAGGUGCCACAGCAGAUGCAACAGCAGCAAAUGCAACAGCAGCAGAUGCAACAGCAGCAGAUGCAACAGCAACAGAUGCAGCAGCAGCAGCAUGUACAGCAGCAAUACAUACAGUUGAAUCAGAUGAGCGUUCCACAACAAAUUCCUCAUCAGAUGCAGCAACAGAUGCAGCCCCAAAUGCAGAUGCUACCCCAACAGCAGCACAUGCACCAACAGCUUCAGCAACACGCGCAACAGCAGCAAUACGCGACGCAACCGCAGCUCCAGCAUGUUCAGCAGCUGCAUCAACAUACCGUUGGUUCGCCGCCUGUUCAGAAUCAGCAAUACUAUCAGCAGAACACUACCGGCUCCUCGGGGUAUGUGUCAGCGGGUUCAUUAUAUCAGCAAACCAUGCCGCAACAAAUAUUUCACACAUACACAACGUCUACCAAUCCCUCCGGUCACGUGGAGAUUUUAUCGUCCACCCAAACUGCGACGCAGAUUUACUCUCACACGAGUUUACCCGCUGGCGCGGUGCCCGCGUCCUCUCAGUCGCAAUACAUCCCAUCGGCAGGACAGGUUCAAGCGUCAAUACCGUCGGGCAUAAGUGUCAAUAACACGCCGGCUGUGACUCAUAUGCAAAAUGUCCCGACCUCGACGAUCCCCAAUAUACAGAGCACGCCCGCUUUGCUCGGUAACACCGGCCCGCAGCCUCAGUCUCAACAAAAUAUUCUCGUGCAAAUGCAGUAUUCGCAGAGCGCGAAUGUCAUGCCCAAUUCUAUUUCGAUAACGCCCAAUAUAGCGAACGUCCCAGCGCAAUCGUCUACCAAUCUGCAGCAGCAGCAGCAGCAGCAUCAACAACAUUUUCUUUCGAAUGCGGAUCAGUGCCCCACGACUGAUAGGUCUUCCCUGGUAAAACAAGACACGAUGGAUUCGAUACAGUCUCUGCCACCAGAUCCACCGAUUAAUUUACAGCAAGAUCAAGUUGCCGCGCCUGCUCCAGUCGCAUCGGGUGUUGCACAGCAGACUGUAACAUCAAAUGAUGGAGUCACGCCGGAAAAUUCGGAAAGCGUUCCUGCUUCCGAGAGGAGUCGGAUAAAACGUUCAGGAACUAAACGUAAGAAGCCGGGCAUUAAAUUAACAGUCUUGUCUGUCAGUAGCGGCGAGGGACAAUCAAUGACCGUCGAGUGCCAGUUAGAUACGAGUAAACAAAAGACUGUUACCUUUAAAUUUGACCGAGACGACAUGGUACCUACAGACAUUGCCAAUAAUUUGGUUGCUGAAAAUCUGUUGCCGCAAUCUCAGUGCGAGACGUUCGUAGAAUUAAUUGAAGACAUUGUCAAACAAUUGCGUUUGGAUCCUACGCGUGCUCUACCCUUGGUAGCACAUGGUCCGCCUGAUCAAUCUGCCGGUGGAAGCCCAGUUACAAGUCGACGUCCUAGGGAUCGCGACCACAGUCUCGAUACAGCUAAGGUGAGACAUGGCUCGCUAACACGUCAAAGCAGCCACCGAUCGUCGUACAAAGUCCACCGUAGGCACCGUUCGAGAGAUGAAACUUCAAAUACGUCUACUCCAACAAAAUUGUUGCCGAUCGAUCAGAUUAUUUCUCACAUUGCCAAUACCAGUUUGGAGAAGCAGCAAGUGGCUCAGACACCUGAUAGUCAGGCCGCUGCCGAAAAUACGUCAGCGGAGGCUUCCAGGAGGUCAUCCACAUCUACACAGAAUACCGACACCUUGACACCUACAAAUAUACCGAGUGAUCCAACGGACAAUCAAGAAACUGUCGUUUCUGCAACGUCCGCGGAAACAGUUGUGGAAGCGCAGCACAAUGUUCAGGACGACGCUAGUAAUUCGGCCUUCAAAUCUUAUCAAGUGUCUACAACGCACGCUCAAACUCAAAUACAGGAUGCAACAGUGAGCGCGAGUCAUGCGAGUGAGGCAUCGAAAGAAUCUCAAGAGCAGCAAGAUGGGGUAGAUGUAAAGGAAUCGGAAAUAACUAAAGAGACAAAUGCGCCCGACGUUGCUGCAGAGGUAUCGUCUCUGACGGUACCGACGCCAAUGCGCAAAGUUUCUCGCUUUUUAGUCAGCCCUGUGAUCGAACAAAAGAAUAUCGCGGCUGAAGAGGAAUCUUCUACGGUCGGUGAGAGCGUAGAUCGUACAAAUGUCGCGAUACCGCAGUCAGCGUCGCAGACCGUCGCACCGCCUGUCACGAAUGCGGAGCUUAUGUUGAAAAACGAGGAGCACGUAGAGGCGAAUGUUUUAGAAGUUCAGAGUGCGACGGCGCACGAGCUAACUAGCAAUAACGAAACGAUAGUUCAGGGUGCCGGCAACAUUCCGUAUGCCGUGGAACAGACGGACAGUACGCAACAGAUUUUACAGCCGGGGCAACAGUCGAUCGGACUACAGCAGAGCAUUAUUCAAAUGCAGACUCUGCAGCAGGUAACGGGACACGUGCAACAAACCACGACCAUCGGUCAAUCGAACCAUACGAUAAUCGUCCAGGGAUCUACGAUAACGUCGCAACAAACUUCCCAGCAAAUACCUCAAGCUGGCGUGCAGCAUUUCGUGCCGGUCAAUUCACAGGAGUUGCAGCCUCAGCCUCAGCUCCACUCGAACGGAAUAGCCCAAGCGCAGGCGCAGUAUCCGAGUCAAGCGAUGAUGCAGCCUGGUGUUGUGAUGCAACAACCGCAGCAGCAAAUCCCUAUGCAGCAGGGCAUAAUGCAGAUGCACGUACAAGGGGAACAGAUGCAGGUCCAGCGUCCGGCCGUUCAGCAAUUCAUUCCGCAACAGGUACAGCCCCCGACGCAGCAAUACGUGAUGCUGUCGGGCCACAUGCAACCGGUACAGCCGACGACUAUGGACUCACAAAUUUUGGAGGUGUCUGGCAUAGCCGAGGAAAAGAGGCAAGGCGUGAACGUAACUAAUAUGCCUAUGACGCAUAUGCAACACGUGCAGGUCGUUCCGCAAGACAUCCCCGGUACAAUGCCGAUGUCGCAAGGCGUUGUAGAGGCCACUCAACCUUCUCAUCAAAGCGUGCAACAUGUUCCGGGAACCUUGCCUCCAUCCAUGCCGGCACCUGCCUCCGUACACCCAGUCGCUGCCGCAGACAUCUCCGCGCCUAAAGUCGCCGUUAAAACGAAAGAGAUGUCCUCGACGCUUCCAGAUCUCGCGCAAAAUCUAGCAAAUAUACUCUCAAAUCCGAAAUCCAAAUCUGCCACGCCUCAUCCUCUGACCAGCCACGAGCCAGCUGCCGUUCCUAACGUCGCUGCCUCCGCAUCAGUCGACUACAAGCCUGUGCAAUCCGAGCAGUAUUUUCAGCCAAUACAACCGGAGGCGAGUCAACUGCAAAUGCAACCGCCUAUUCAACACAAUUUUCAAGGGCAGAUCGUGCACCAGGCGUAUCAGGGGCAGCAGAACUUUCAGCAGGCGUUUCAAAAUCAGCAGGUGCUUCACCAGAAUCAAGUGCAGCCGCAGCCGGUCCCGUUAACAAUCCCUCAACAGAUUGACGCGCAGUCACAGAUGGUGCAGUCCAUUCUGCAAAGUGUAUCGGCUCAAUCGACCGCUCAAGGAAAGUGGAUCGUCACUAAUCAAACUCCCUUACAGCAGCCGAUACGGCAUGUACAACCAAAUCAGCUGCAGCCGCUGCCAAAUCAAUUGCAGUUACAACAAAUUCCUUUGCAGCCGCAAAUGCACCAGCAGAUUAUGCAAGACCAGCAACACAGCGAAUUUCCUGCCAUAGUAGAUCAAUCACAGUUACAUUUAAAGCUUCCGGAACAACAUCUGGUAAAACCUUUGGAAAUUGAGAAUUUGGAAUCUUUAAAUUCAAAUUGUAUACGUCGCACUAGUUCCGAUUGCCAGUUAAUUACGUCCGAGAAUGAGAAUUCCAGUCACGAUGUGACGCCUGAGCACACUGUCGUUGAAUCCAUCGAUUCUACAUCGAUUCUGCAACAACAGUUGUCGCAAUCACAGCAGCAGCAGCAGCAGCAGCAGCAGCAGCAGCAACAACACCGCAAGCUCAGUCAACAGAAUUCGUUGGACAAAGUGUCGGAUGUAAACAGUGUCGGGAAUAUUGGAGGUGGUGCAGGGCCGCAAACUAUAGCUGACUUACAUCAGAAACUUGUACAAUUGACUAGUCAGCCGUCGGAAUCGCUGAACGUCGGUACACCACCUAUAAGCUAUCCAGCCACGCCUCAUAACAAUCAGAUGGUUGGAGGAUACGACGCGUACAUGCACACUUUGCAACAGAAACUGUAUAAUAUUGGCGUGCCAGUUUCGUCCGCGAAUGCCGCAUGUCCGCUAUCUCCUCAAACAACGAUACAUUCCUCCGCUAAUCUCACCGAUGCGCAAGCCGACGCGACUAUCGAGGGUUCCGCUAUGAUGCAAGACAGUUCUGGUGCAUUUGCACUUUCGCAAACCAAUGUGGAAUGUUCCCUCGACAGUCCAACACCGGGAGCUCCCGCAGGGUCCGAAAAUAUGAGCCCGAGCAAAGAGAAUGUAAAGAUACGAGCUCAAAGACCUGGCUCCCGUUUACAGGAACUGGAGCAGGAAUUGGCCAAGAUUCAUCACAGAGGAUCGGUUUUCGCGGCAGCUCCGAUUCAGCCAUUGACACCGCCAAUAUCCGUACAAGCGCAACAGUCUGUGCAAAAUUUGUUGACGACCGCCCAGCCAGUGUCCAUGAUACCUGUGGCUACUGUCACUCCUAAUAUCGUGACACCGCGGUCUGAUACCAAUACCCCAAUCCAGGCAGAACUCCAAGACACUACUAAUGAGAAGGCGAAUCCUACUCAACCUACUAGAAAAAUAUCAAGAUUUGUGGUUUCUAAAGUUGCGGGUCCGCCUAUUCAUAGCAAUGCUUCUAUUCAACAGCCGGUUGCUGAUGCUGCAAGGUCUCAAUUACAGCAAACGGAAGAAUUAAAACUUUUAGAACGGCAAAUUCUUUCUCAUUAUACAGAUGAUCUGCAUGGUGUAUCUGCACAAAUACCUCAUAGUCGAGAGAAUUCUGUUCCGCCAAUUUUACAGGCAACUCAUGGUACUAAUAUUCCAAAUAUCGAACCUGAAAAAGAAGAGAGAUUUGUGGCUCUUACACCGAGUGAAGAAUACCAAUUACUCAUAAAGAGACAAACUUUGGAACUAGAGACGUUACAAAGAAGACAUAGGGAAGAGUUGGAACGUUUCCAGCAGCACCAACUACAAUUGCUUAUUCAGCAACAAGCAAGCGCCCUUCAUCAUCAGCAUCAUCCGUUGCUUUAUCAUACGGUUGCAGCAAAUAUCUCCGGACCUAGAAUUCCAGGAACAGAGGACUAUCUGAUGUUUGGUACCGCGCCGCAGACUCCACUGCAGAAAGGACCGAACAACUAUCCGGACACGGAUGAGACUUUACGGCUGGCCAUGCAGAAAUUGAAGCAGACUCCGCUGCAGCUUCAACCGCAGCAGGCAUCGGCUGGAAUACCGCAUGCUUAUGUUAUCCCAAUUCCAGUAGUGCCUUCUGAAAAUAUGCAAAGUGUAGUUUCUCAGCAAAGUAAUAACUGCUCGAAUGAUAUAUCCGAGAGCAUCGAUACGACGCACAGCACGGCGGUUGGAAACCCGACGCAGUACCAAUUCUCUCCUAUAUUAUCGGAGGGAACGAAUAUCCCGUCGACAACCGGACCGUUACCCGCGCCCGUGCCCUUAUCGAUAUCCGGCGCGACGAGCGCCUACAUCCAGUACGAGGGCCAGCCGCUAUCGAAUUUUCAGACUUUCAGCUGCACACCCCACGGCGGUUUCUUUUUGCCAGCUGGCUACCGGCUGAUAUACACGCCGCCCACGACUCAAUCUCAGCCGGCGACACCUGCCACGUCUCACGUGGCAAGUUGUUCGCGUGACGAUACGCCUCCGACGGCGGAGCCGCACCACUCGACCACCGCCGAAAACUCAACGGUUCCUCCUUCGCAUUCGGAUCAAUAACGCAACAUUCGGCUCACACGCUUCUAUAUUUUUCGGUCGAUCUGCGUUCGUUCUUAGUUUAACGCUCGGUACUGUUUAUAGUGCAGAAGUUUCGCAUCGUUAUCGUACGAAUGUAACCCGAAUAUAUAAUUUGCUGUGAAAUGCGCGUGCCCGCGCUAGACAUCAUAAAGAUGCGGAGACGGAUCGAAGCAAAAAAAUGAGUGACAAAACAGUGGAACUAUAUGUAAUGUUUUUCGAUGUACGACGCACUUGCGUAUAUUAAACAAGAUAUCAAAUAUUCUCGCUAUCUGAGCGUGUGCAUGAUAUUAUUAUGAUAUGUGCCUCGCAGCGGAAGUUAAGCGGAAAUAAUAUGGGAAGAUACUGUGAAGAAGCGAUAUAUAUAUAUAAUAUAUAAUAUAUAUAUAUAUAUAUAAAUUUUCCGAAUGCAACGCAGGAACUUGAGAUAGAGGCCUUUACAUGUACUGUGCUUCGAUGCGUUAAAAAGUAAAAGAAAAAGAAGAAAAAUGAAAACUCUUCCUUCGCUGAGACCUCUAAGGGAUUCUACUAUUGCCCGACUCCUUUAGUAGCACAGCUCACAUUAGUACAGGCCUCCGCUAGUCUUACGAUCGAAAUGGCACAUGGCCAUUCUGCUCGGUAUAUGUGUAUAACUGUUACUGUAUGCUGGAUGUGUCAGGAACAAGAGACCGAAUGAGAAAGAGUGAUAGGGACAAAGGGGCAAAGGGCAAAUAGAAGUGGGAGAAGAGAAAGAGAGAAUGUGAAAAAGACGAGAGAAAGGGAGUGUAUGUAUAGCUUUAUGCGAGUAUGUAUGCGUGAACGCGUAUGUAUGCGUAUAAUUGUGCGGGUAUGCGUGUGUUGGAGGUGAGAGAAAAAAAAAUAGGCAGAGAGAAAUAUGAUUAAUAUAGUCACUGUUAUGCUUUAAUGUAUUUCUAGCGAUUUUGCCUAUUUCAAUUAAAGAAAAAAAAGUCAUGUGUUACUAGUUAGCAAACCUAUAUAUCUCGUUUACAAUAUAUUGAUGAUUAUUAUAUCUUCUUUUAAAGCUGGUAGUAGCCGUUUUAUCUACCGUUGUUUAUUUUGAUAUAUAUAUGAUGUAACUGAGAUAAAUUGCCCGAUGCCAUCUGUAGACCAUUGACAAGUGCGUGUUGACAGUCCGACUAUUACCUUUUUAAUCGAUUCUAAGUGAUGUACUACUGUCAACAUACAUACUGUCAACAACGUAUUAAAAAUUUCCUUUUUAGUUCUUGGUAA